GUCCCUCCCGGGGACCGAAAACCGCUGAAUUUGCAAAACGAAACUUGCCCUAAAGGCAGAUCAGCACUGGUCAUGUCACAGUUUUUAAUAUUUACUUUUAAAUAGGGAGGUUACAAUUGGAUUUCUUGCUCUUUAUUAGGAAGGCAUGUUUUUAGAGUCAUGAUUGCUUGUACAGGGUAGCUUAUGGACGGGUUCAGGUUCGCUGAAGGAGUUCAAGUGUUUCGUGGUUAUCAGCAAGUUAUACGCAAUUCCGGCUUGUUCGUGCUCUGAAACAGUGACCUGAAAAAAUGUCUGGAUUUCUAGAAGGCUUGAGAUGCUCAGAAUGCAUUGAUUGGGGGGAAAAACGAAAUACUAUUGCCUCCAUUGCCGCUGGUGUUCUAUUUUUUACAGGCUGGUGGAUUAUCAUAGAUGCAGCUGUCAUUUACCCCACUAUGGAACAGUUCAACCAUUCAUACCAUGCCUGUGGUGUCAUAGCAACCAUCGCCUUCCUAAUGAUUAAUGCAGUAUCAAAUGGACAAGUCCGAGGUGAUAGUUACAGUGAAGGUUGCCUGGGUCAAACAGGUGCUCGCAUUUGGCUUUUCAUUGGUUUCAUGUUGGCCUUUGGCUCUCUGAUUGCAUCUAUGUGGAUUCUCUUUGGUGGUUACGUUGCUAAAGAAAAAGCCAUAGUAUAUCCUGGAAUUGCUGUAUUUUUCCAAAAUGCCUUCAUCUUUUUUGGAGGACUGGUUUUUAAGUUUGGCCGAACUGAAGACUUGUGGCAGUGAAAACAUCUGAUUUACUGCCACUGUACAGCAGCCCUGCAUGGGUUUGUUCUGUUUUGUUUUGUUUUGUUUUUUUACUGCUCACUCCCAGUCUUUUGUAACGCCAUUUUCUAAACAUUUCUGAGUGUAGUCCCAGCUUACAUUUAUGUGAUACUAAAAUCAUGAGAAAUCGCUAUUUAAACAACAAUCUAUUGCGGUAUGCAUUUGAUUAACUUAUAAAAUGUUAAAGAAAAAUAUUUCACGAGUAUGUUUUAUUAAGUUUUAUCAUGGUAUAAUUUGUAAAAAUAAAAAUAAAUUAGAAAAGAAAUUGUGUAUACAUCUUAUAUGAGUAUUUGUCAUAGCCAAGGUCCAAAAUGCAAUUAAAGUGCUCUUAAGAUAUGAUGUGUUUAUUUAAA